UCCAGCCUCCGCCGGCUCCCGGCGCACGCCACAUCUCCGGCCAGUCGUGCGCCGACCGCCGCGAGCGUCGCACGUGCCGCUAUGCUGUGAAUCUCCCGUACGCGCGUGUUCAGUGCUUGUACCAUGGUGACGGGUGUCGGCAGCCCUCAGCAAGGGGUGUCCAACCCCGCGCCCAGUCCGGGCAUGCAGGACCAGAAGAAGUCCAGCGAUAAUAGAAGGAGCAACAAACCCAUAAUGGAAAAACGGCGCCGAGCACGUAUUAACAACUGUUUGAAUGAACUGAAGGCUCUUAUCUUGGACGCUAUGAAGAAAGACCCAGCACGCCACUCGAAAUUAGAAAAAGCUGAUAUAUUGGAAAUGACUGUAAAACAUUUGGAAGGAUUACGCUCUGAAGGAUCCGGUUCUCCAGAUAGGUUCAAAGCUGGAUACCGACAUUGUCUGACAGAGGUUACCAAGUUUCCUGGACUAGAGGCUGGGUUGAAGAGGCGCCUAGUGCGACACUUGGAAGGAUGUGUCAGUACUCCUGGUGCACGACCUUUCGCUGCACCUACUCCACCCUCUGAUACUGAAGAUGCUGUCUCUCCACAACGCUCUACCAUAUUUAUCUCAGCUGGGCCCGGAUCUGGAGUACGCCUCGUUCCAACGAGAUUAUCAAAUGGAGACAUCGCACUUCUACUACCGGCUGGUGUCAGUGCCAGCACAUUAGGAACCGUACCGACGUUGGUGCCUCUAUCGCCGAGGGAGGUCUCCUCUACGUCGUCAGAGCCCAGGUGUUUCUCUCCAGCCAGUUCAGGGUGGGAAACCCCCCCUCCACCUACAGAGGAACCGGCCCCCUUAGCACUCGUUACAAGGAGACAACCCCCCGAAGAAAAACCUUGGCGACCUUGGUGACAAUAAUUCAUUCCCUUUAAUUUUUAAUCUGUGAUCUGUGAUAUUUAUUUGUAGUUGUAUAAUAUAAUAUUCGAGUGAUAGAUUAUAAAAGUUCCUAUAUAUAUCCUGUAGAAUAUAAAAAUUACUUGCUUGGUCAGUAUAUGUUGUGUGAUAAUAAUAAAUAACACGUAAUAAGUGUUUGUGAGUGAAUUAUAUAGUUUUAAUGAAUUAACUUGUCUAGUGUUAGUCUUCCUUUGGAUUAAGUUAGGUUUGGUAAGAUUGUAAAUUUUUUGAUGACAUCUAAGGCAGUAUUUCAUGAAAAGGGACGAUUGUCCAUAUAUUAACAGAAAUAAAUAUAUUUUAUAUUAUUCAUUAUAAUCGCACUCAUAUAGGUACAUAGUACAUUAUAAUCAUAAUCAAAAAUAAUAUAACUCGUUUCCUAACAUCGCUGAGUACUGUUUACAUUCAUAAAAUCAUAUAAAAUCAGCCAUAUUAUAAUUUAGGUUUUGUAAUGUGUAAACUUUUGUAACCGAACAUGCUUGCCAAAUUAAAAAAAAAUGUUUAAUAAAAAAUCAUUGUUAUUUCAAGACAUUGCUAUUGAUAAUCAUCUUCUAAAAUAGAUCUAGCAUGAUAACGUAGGUAAUCUUAUAAGUUUAAUUUAUAUACUUAGGUAUAAAAUUAUAGAAUUCUGCGUGCCUUAUACAGCAAAAUCGUAUAUAGUCUUCCAGUUAUUAUAUAAGUUGACUUAUGUUUUGAGUAAUAUAAGUUUUAUUGCCGGUUUCAUCCUUUUCAGAUAAGUGACUGAUAGCUUCUUUACAAGUUUUGUCUGAGACAUUUUAAAAAGUGACAAAACGGUUGUAAUACGCGGCACUUAUCUGAAGUUAGUGAAACCGACCCUUAAUAUCAUUAAUUUUCAUGUAUAAACCUAAUAAAAGUAUGUUACCAUAACUAAGUAAAUAAUAUGAAUGUCUUCCUUUGCCAGUUACCGAUAUAUGGACAGUAAAAACAUGGUACUAGUACUUCCCUAUUUAAUAUACAUAUUUAGUAGUAGGUUGCGCAUUCAUAUUUUGCUAAUUUCUCUCACGAACUUCAUUGUAAGUUUUUAAUUUUAAAAUCUUGAAAUUUAAAGUUUUUUAAAUUAAACAAAAUAAGACUUUGUAAUAUGCUAUGUUUAAAUAAUUACCUACACACAUAUAACACGUGUCUCUGAUUGUAAGACUUUCAAUUAAAUUUAAAAUUAGGGCUAUAAUUUGUAUUACAAGGUUGUGACUUAAAAAAACAAAUAUUUAAGUACGAUUUUGUAUCAUGAAAACAUACUCGUAAGCAUCGUGUUUACGUGUACGUAUAUAAUUUAAUAUUUUAAUGUAUACAAUUUGCGCCCAGCUCUUUGACUAUACUUACAACAACUUGGCCACGCUACAAUGAUAAUAAAUAAUUUUUAAAUAUAACAAUUGUCAUUUUAUUAUUUAUUCGCAAGAUACUGAAGUACCUAUUUAGGGUUCCGUAGUCCACAAGGUACCUUCUGUAGGUAUGUCCGCGGUUAAGUGCAGAGACUAUUAAUACGAGAAAUCUGUAAUUUAGGAUGAGUAUGAAAAUUAAUAAUGUCAACAAAGUCGUAAAAUGAAAUCUUGUAAAAUAUUUCUUUAGGGUACUUUCUUUGUAUGUAUUCCUUUGUGUAAAGUGUGUAAAAUAUCCCCCUUCAUGUAAAGUGGGGAUGAUUUUUCACUCAUUUAUCUCAUAGUGUGGGGUAUCGUUCGAUAGAUAAACGGUUUUACAACUUAAAGAACGUAAUUGGAAAUCAAAUAUUGCAUACUAAUUGUUUAUUAAAAAGACAAAGUUGUUAUAAAUAUAAUUCAGAGUCUGCUAAAUCUAGAGAGUUGAAAUUUGGCAUGCGUAUAUUGACGACCUCCGUGGCGCAGUGGUAUGCGCGGUGGAUUUACAAAACGGGGUCCUGGGUUCGAUCCCCGGCUGGGCAGAUUGAGAUUUUCUUAAUUAGUCCAGGUCUGGCUGGUGGGAGGCUUCGUGUAGAAACCAAAAGGGGUGUGGAUUUUCAUCCUCCUCCUAACAAGUUAGCCCGCUUCCAUCUUAAACUGCAUCAUCACUUACCAUCAGGUGAGAUUGUAGUCAAGGGCUAACUUGUAAAGAAUAAAAAAAAAAUGUAUAUACAUUAACCACUCCCAGUAAAUGUUAAAAAAUAAAUUUAAUAGGGUUCCUUUUCCAUAUGAAAAGUGAGGAUGAUUUUUUUAUUAUCUAUCCCGUAGUGUGUGAUAGUGAAAGUGUGUAUCACUAUCGGCAUUUUUGGUUUAAAGGGCUCAAUUAAUUUAACCCUACACUGCGCGGGGCCUGACUUCGCCGGUUUUUAUGUAAAAUUUUGAAGAAAAUUUCGAGUUGCUUUACAAUUUUACAUGCUGUAAUGUAAAAUGUAUACUAACAUUUUAUGUAAAUCUAAAUGGAUAUGUUUAAGUAAUUAGAUGGUAUGAUACAGUGAUAUUAUUUUAAGAUAAUUUAAGUUGAUUGUACCUAAAAGACAAAAUAAAUAUUACGUGAUUUUAUAUA